AUGGUGCUAGGAAAAGGGGCAUCGAGUUCAUUGAGCAUGAAAAUGGCUGAUGGAGCUGAAGACAUGGUUAAUAACAACAACUUCACUGUACUAGUUGUUGAUGAUGAUCCUCUCAUCCGAAAACUCCAUGAUAUGCACCUCAAGAAUUUUGGACUGAGGGCUCAAGUGGUUGAAAAUGGAAAAAAGGCUGUUGAUCUGUGCCAUGUUGGAGCCAAUUUCAAUCUCAUUCUGAUGGACAGGGAAAUGCCGGUGAUGAAUGGUGCCGAGGCAACCAAGGAGUUGCGAGCUAUGGGGGUGAAUAGCUUGAUCGUUGGUGUAACUUCGUGUGGCUCACCAAAUGAGAAGCAAGCUUUCAUGGAGGCAGGGUUGGAUUAUUGCUUUGAAAAGCCCUUGACUCCUGAUAAGAUCACUUUCCUUCUCCAAGAGCUCAACAAGAACAACUAA